AAUCAUUAAUCUUCUAAGGAAGAUAGUAGUGAAUUGUUUUAGCUAGUUUCUUCGUCCAAAAAUAUAUACGUACAUGUAUAAUUAUAAUUCUAUGCACAGAUAAAGUAACAUUUUUGAUCAGUUGUUUAUGAGAAAAUUAGAACAAUGUAACUAAAGCGUUUGGUUUUGACUUUCAAUGAGGAAACAAUUAACGUCAUUUACUUUGCAGCUUCAAUUAAUAUUAAUACUGUUACUAUUGCUACUGUUUGACAAUUUAAAUGGAGAACAUGAGUCGCUGAUCAGUACAUUCGAAUCGCAAUCUAUCACUCCUAGUCCUCAAACUUGUACAUCUUCGUUCGGUGAUUGCUUUUGCGACGAAAUAUGUGCAAUGAAAUCGGACUGUUGUGAUGAUUAUAAAGAUUUUCGUCAGGAUACCAAACCAGUAGAUUUUUCGAUGAUACCUAAAUCUGACUGCAUUCAUUCAGCUAGAACAUUUUCAGAUGUUGCUGAUCUGGAGAAACAUGGUAGUUGGUUUCAAGCUGUUGCGCACUGUCCACCGGGCACACCAAGUGAGAUUGCGAUGCGCUGCAAUAAAUCAAGAGAUUUGCAUAUCAAUUUUGAUGAUGUUACACUAAAGCACACUGAAAACACUAGUAGUAAUGAGAGACAUUUUAUAUCACUGGAAUUAGCCUUCCUAAUGUUUCGUAUACGGGCUGAAGAUAUUCGAUUGAUGGCACCAGUUAUUUCGAAAGCCAGUGGACGAGUUUAUGCUAAUUUUGACUGUGCUGUUUGUCAUCAUGAGUUAAGUUCGACUGUCACAGGUGGGGAACAUACUGGAAAUAUCAUAGCACAACGUCUUGAUUUAUACAGCGUAUUUGUGCAUUGUCGAACAUUUCAUGACACGGAUAGAUUGUGUGUGGCAAAUUCACAGCUACCAAGGAGUUGGAGACGUUCAUGUGAAAAUAGAAGAUUUCUCAAACCACAAAGUACACAAGAAGUGUUCAGUUUGAGCGAAUUCAAGUGGCAUGAAUUCCUAGUUUUACCACAAAACUACAUUGAUAUCGAUGCUUUUGACAGUGAUGGUUUGAUGAAGAGGAGUAAAACUCUUCGAGCAAUUGAGUCUGUUUUAGAUAUACUUCAGUUAUUAAUAUGCAUUCUGUCUGCAUUCAGUUUGUGUGUAUUGCUGAUUGUAUACGGGAAGACGCGAGAAUUUCGACGUCGAGUUUCUAAUCAGUUAUUGAUGGGGCUGGCGAUUUCCAUGCUUGGUUUGUUAUUGAUUUAUUUACUUUUGCCAUUGUUAAGUGAUCGACGAGACAAUUCAGGUGAUGAAACUUGUCUUACAGUGGCAGUUUUAUUGCAUUACUUUUUCCUUGCAACUUUUGCAUGGAUGUCAACACUUGGUCUGAGUUUGAUGAACACGUUUGGAGGAAUUCAAACUUGUCGAAUGUGCUUAGCAUACUUGAAGUUUAAAAUAACUCGACAAACAGUAGACCAAGAUUCGCUGAGCAAAAAAUACUCAAACACCAUGAAAAGUAUGGUAAUUCGAAAGAAUCUGAGAGAUCAAUCGAUCUUUAUUCAAAGGCGUACCAUAUUUUCAACGAUAUUUGCAACCACUUUACCACUAUGUUUCGUGAUACCUGCACUGGUUCUCAAUCAAGUUUACCAUUCUAAUUCUUGUCACCAGGAGGUGGAGGGUGAUCAUUAUACACAUGAAAUAAAUCUUGUUAGUACGGAGCAGAGAGUCAACUGCUCAGAAACUUCGAGCCCAAUGGCGGUCUUCAGUCCAGGCUUUUGUUCACUGAAGUAUCGAAAGCGGCCAUGGUUUACAGUUUAUGCAGCUUUCGUUAUGUGGUUUUUGGUACCUACUACAUCAUUGUUGGUACUGAACUCCACUAUACUACUACUGGUUGGUAUGUAUAUAUGGUUGUUAGAUCAGAACAAAACACUAAAACCACUGAAAGACGAAUCGGUGAGUAGUGUGGAUUCUAAAUCUACUCAGCUACCGAAUAAAAAUAAUCGCAACUGUGGCAAGGAUUUGCUUACAUCUAUCAAUCACAUUGGGUGCUGUAUGGAUAUUCCAACUACUGGCUAG